UGUGCAUACUAACGUCAAAUCUGCAUGCAACAUCGUAAACAUUGAACGCUUGAGAUUGGUCGAAGUAACAUCACAGGAACCGUUCCGGCCACAACAACGAUGGACUCCGCGGGACCUACGACACAGCGAUACUUUAACUCUUCCAAGCUGCGAAGAUUCAAGCACGGGUCCACCGACCAGCUGGUGGCGGAAAAUGUCACGCACGGGUCGGACGGCGUGUUCCGGUGCGCCAUCGCCGGACCGGGCUCGUGCCCGUUCGCGCUGCCCAAGAUGAUUCAGUUCACCUUUGCGUGCCACUUUCUGCGCUCGCAUCCGAAGGAGGCGGAAGAGAAAGGCUUCCUCGAGGAAUCCCGGGCGCCAACCAAGUCUCAGCCUGCCGCGCUGGGCCAUUUUGUUGUCAGGACGGAGCGAGGCUUUUGCUGUCGCAUUGAUCCAAGUCUGACGUGCGCGUACGUCCAGAAGGACCAGGUUUCCGCGCAGAACUUUACGCGCCACUUUCGACUGGCACAUCCGGCGCUUGCUAGAAAGCAUGGUUUUUACCAGGUUCUACAAUCACAUGAGGGCAGAAGCAUAUUGAAUACCAUGGUCCAGCGAUCGGUUGAGAAAUCGACCGCGGACGAUUCGGAGCAAACUUCACAGAAGAGAAAAUUGACUGAGGAUGACGACGACUCUGGAGAAUCUUCGUCCGACGUAAUUGUGCUGAAUCCAGGUGACGAGAAAGAGUGGAUGAAUACACCUUCCGACGACCCCUCCGAGUACUGUCGGUUGUGCUUUUCUGUCGCUCGACGCUCGAAGCCGAUUUUCAGCGGACCCCAAGACACCGGAAGCAGCUGUGCCGCCCUAAUUGAGGAAUGUACUGGCGUUCGACUGGCCGCCGGGGAGGAUUACCCAGCCGCAAUUUGUCACGAGUGCAGUGAAAAACUGCACGACAUCAAGUGCUUUCGAACGGUGUGCGAAACGUUGAAUCGAGUAGUUUGCCGCAACCGAGCCGCGUCCCGCUCGAAAACGCCGGAAACGGUUGCACCACCUUCAUCGCCACCACCGUUGGUACCGAUUGAAAUGCCCGUGGCGAACCUUACCUGCGACGAGGAGUUGACGAUCGAAAACGAAGACGACGACGAAGAUUACGUCGUUCAACUGUCGGAUAGUGACGACGACGACGAAGAGGAGGCAGUGGAUGAUACUCCACAGGAAAGCAGCUCAACGGCCGUCGAAGAAACUGGUGGUGAAGACCUACCGUACAUUGCACUGCAGGAUGACUGGUUCUGUUGCAAGCAGUGCAACCAGAUCCACCAUACACUGGACGUCAUGGUGGAUCAUCUGCACAACUACCACUCGGAACUGGGCUUCUUCGUGAAGGCAAAACCGGCAGCUCCACAAGUCAACAAAAAAAAGUACAAGAAAAGCAAACCAAGAACCGUCGCAACCCCCGUUGAAUAUCAAGAGGUCGUCAUCGCCGACAAGACGUACUUUAAGUGCAACGAUUGCGACACGCUCGUGUCGCAGAAGGGCAAUAUGGCCCGGCACGAGCGGUGCUAUCAUAAGGAGGGUAGUGAGCAAAAGCCUAGACUGUAUUGCCGAGUGGCCGAGUGCUACCAGAACUUCAUGGACCGGAUGGGCCUGACUCGGCAUCUGAAGCUACAGCAUAGCUAUGAUUCGAUAGAGGAAGCAAUGGCGUUGCAGCUACAUCAUGAAGUGGAAAUAUUGUAACAUCCGUUUUUGUUAUUUCUUUUUCAUAUGUUACAAUAAAUUGUUCAAUUCAUUACAUCUUCACCUGAACCAAA